GGUGACCUUGAGUGGUCCCCGGUGGCGGGCGGACGCGGUGCGUCGGCGAAGCGGGCGGUCGGUCAGUCGCGAGGAGUCGUCGGCGAGUGGGGGUUGUUGCUGAGUUGUGCUGUGACCGCGUGGGGCCGAUGCGGUGCUGAUCGGCGCGCCAGGCGGUGGCUGCCGACUGUGAGGUCACGCCUGUGGCAGCGAUGGAUGUGUGGCACGUGUUGGCGGCUCUGGUGGUCGCCGUCGGCGGCUCGGUGUUCGAGCCCCACAGGACCAGUCAGUGCGAGCCUAUCACGAUAGAAGCGUGCCAGGACAUGCCCUACAAUGUCACACGGAUGCCCAACAUUGCCAGGCACGAGACGCAAGCGGAGGCAGCCGAAAUGCUGCAGCAGUUCAAGACGCUGAUCGGCGCCAACUGCAGCCACCAGUUGCGGUUCUUCCUGUGCUCCAUGUUCGUGCCGAUGUGCUCGGAGAAGGUCAGCGACCCGAUCCCCAGCUGCCAGUCGGUGUGUUUCGAGGUGCGCGACAGCUGCCGGCCGGUGCUGCGCACAUUCAGUCUCGACUGGCCGGCCGUGCUCAACUGCUCGCGGCUGCCGGUGGCCGGCGGCCUCUGCAUGGACCCCAGCGGCGCCGAGCCGGGCUCUGGCGCGCCGCCGCCGCCGGCCGGCCGCCAGCCGGCGCUGCGGCCCGGUCUCGAUACGCACCUCUCGAUCGCCGCCAAGUACCCGCACCUGCUGCCCGACCUGCUGAAGGGCGCGGGUGUGUCGGCGGCGGCAGCCGGGCCGGCCGCCGUGCCGCCGCCGCCGCCGCUGGUCUGCCCGCCGCGCUACGUGCACCGGCAGGGGCCGCGGCAGGCCGAGUGCGCGCCCGCCUGCGGCGCCGAGGUGCUGUUCACCGCGGCCGACCGGCGGCUGGCGGAGCUCUGGAUGACCGUCUGGGCGACGCUGUGCUUCCUCUCCACGCUGUUCACGGUGCUGACGUUCUGGAUUGACACGGCGCGCUUCCAGUACCCGGAGCGGCCCAUCGUGUUCAUCAGCAUGUGCUACAACAUCUACUCGCUGGGCUACCUGCUGCGGAUGGCGCUGGGCGCCGACCACGUGGUGUGCGCGCUGACGCCGGCCGGCCAGCGGGCGCUGAUUGCCGACGGGCUGGACAGCGCCGGCUGCAUCGUCACCUUCCUGCUGCUCUACUACUUCGGGCUGGCGUCCACGCUGUGGUGGGUGGUGCUCACCUUCACCUGGUUCCUCAGCGCCGGCCGCAAGUGGAGCUCGGAGGCCGUGCAGCGCUACGCCACGCACCUGCACGCCGUGGCGUGGGGCGUGCCGGCCGUGCUCACCGUCAUCGCCAUCACCGUGCAGACCAUCUCGGGCGGUGAGCUGACCGGACUGUGCUACGUGUCGCGGCGGCCGCUGCCGCUGGCCGGCCUGGUGAUCGCGCCGCUGGCCGCCGCCCUGCUCACCGGCGCCUUCUUCCUGGCACUCGGACACGCCUCGCUGGUACGCAUCCGCCGGCGCAUGCGCAGCGAGGGCACCAACACGCACAAGCUGCACACGCUGAUGGUGCGCAACGGCGUGUACGGCCUGGCGUACAUGGCGCCGGCCGCCGGCGUGGUCAUCUGCUACGUGUACGAGUACGUGCACUGGGAGCGCUGGGAGGCGGCGGCGCGCGCGGACGCGGCCCGCUGCCCGGCCGGCGCAGCGGCCGCCGACUGUCCGCUGGAGGCCAGCGUGCCGCCCGUCUCCGUGUUCCUGGUGAAGCUCUUCAUGUCGCUGAUUGCCGGCGUCAUGAGCGGCAUGUGGGUGUGGACCUCCAAGACAGUCACCAGCUGGCAGAGGUUCUUCUCGGGGCUCUGCUGCCGCCGUCGGCACGGCACCAAGAGCCCCAGCUACGCGCCGGCGCCGGCCGCCCAGCCGCUGGUGAGUGCGCGGCCCACCCGGCCCGCCGAGCCGCUGCCCAGCAGGCACGGACGAUCCGUCGGACAGAUCUCCCGCGUGUGACGCGCCUCCGUGACGGUGUGACGCGCCUCCGUGACAGUGGGACGCGUCACCACACGGCCCAGAUACUGGCGUGCUCCCCGAGACUGGACUCUGUCAGAGAGCCUACUCAGUGUGGUGGACCGUUUUUGUGAAACUGCCACGUUGGACCCUCACUGCGGACGCGUGACGGUUUACGUGACGCGUGACAGACGUAAGUAACAAGUGGCGAUACAACGAGAGCCAGUGUAAGGCCCGGUCACACGGAGUCGGCUCCUAAACCCAUGUCACCUCGCUUCCGCUCCGCGUCGUUCCUUGUUUGUGGAAGGGUGUGUGUAUUGUGCCGUGUAUUGCGCCCUGUUGUGUUCGUUUCAUCAGAGCUCACCUCUUACUGUUUAUUACCUUACCUGUUCGUUCCCGUUCGGUGCUCGAUGUUCCGUUGCGGCGGGGAGGCUCACCGCCGCCGUUCAUGCAUGCUGAGUGAAGCAGCGUGCGCAGUCACCUUAGCCAGACGUCCGCGGACACUGUGCCAAGAGUAUAUGUUUGCAAUGUUGUAUUUGUACAAUGCCGGUGGUCGCCGGAGCGAGGCGGCCGGCGUGCCGUUCGGCCGCGGGCUGCCGCGAGCUGUUUGCACCCAGCACGGCUCGGGUCGGCCCGCACAGCGCAGCUGCACGGCUGACUCACAACGUGACGCAGCAGUCCGUGUGUGUCGGCAGAUUGCUUUCACGUGCGUGGUGUGUAGGCGGCCCACACAGAGACACUGCCGGCCACCACGGCCGGCGGCGCCGUGCGUUCUCUGACGUUCGUCCUGCCCACCCGGGCCCUUUGCGUUUGUGCUGGAAGACGCUUUAUUUAUUUUGGCCGUGGUCAGCCGCCGCUGACGGCCGACUCGUUGGUGUUGUUGCACUGAGCUGAACAUGUUGUAUAUCAUUCGUCUUAAACUGUGAAAUACAGACUCACAUGACA